UAAAGAGAACAGUGCCGUCAGUGCGAGCGAAGAUGCUGUUGACGACGAUCUAUCUUCUUUUGAUAAUUUUCUGUCUCUUUUGCAUCUACGAUUGCUUUAAGCCAAGAUAUUUCCCACCUGGUCCUGCUUGGUUACCGAUAAUAGGAUGUUUAGCGGCUUUCAAACGAUUACAAAUUAAAUACGGAUUUUCCCAUUUGGCAUUUAAAAAAUUAGAGGAAACUUAUGGACCGGUCGUGGGAUUGAAAUUGGGACGUCAAAAGAUCGUUACGAUCUCGACUUAUGAUUUCGUAAAACAAGCUUUACUUCAGGAUGAAUUUAAUGGUCGACCAGAAUCAUUCUUUUUCAAGAUUCGUGCCUUUGGAAAGAAAAAAGGAGUGUUGUUCACCGAAGGUCAAACGUGGUCCCAAUGUCGAAGAUUCACGAUGCGUCACCUGCGAACAUUCGGUUUGGGUCAAUCAAUGAUGAACAAACGAUUGACCACGGAAGCACAAUAUCUCGUGGAGAAUCUACGAGAACAGAGCGAGCACGGAUCGGUGCUGAUGCAUAACGCCUUUGACGUAGCCGUUAUCAACGCGCUUUGGACUAUGUUCGCCGGUCAUAGAUUCGAAUACGACGAUGAAAAGUCGAAAGAAAUAUUGGAAACUGUUCAUAAUUCCUUUAGGCUAACGGAUACUAUGGGUGGACUUUUGUCCCAUAUGCCCUUUUUACGUUUCAUCGCACCGAAAUGGUGUAAUUACGAUGAGACCAUGAGCCUUCUCAGAAAGCAAUGGAAAUUUAUCGAGGAAGAAAUUACCAAGCACGAACUAGAAUUGACUGAUAAAGAACCGCGGGAUUUGAUCGAAGCUUUUCUUCUUGAAAUAGCAUCACGCAAAGGGAACAAUUCCAAUGAUAUAUUCGAUCGCGAGAAUUUAUUGAUCCUGUGUCUCGAUCUCUUGCUUGCUGGUACCAAAACGACGAGCGACAUGUUGGCGAUUACAAUAUUAUUUUUAUCGUUGAAUCGUCAAUGGAUAAAGCCACUUCAAGAAGAAUUGGACAAACAAACCGGCAGAACGCGACCACCAACGUUCGAGGAUUCCUCAUCCUUACCAAUGGUAGAAGCCUUUUUAGCAGAGGUACAAAGAUACUUGAUCAUGGCACCCUUUGGGGUACCACACAAAACCAUGGUGGACGUUGACUUUAAUGGAUAUCUCAUACCUAAGGAUACAUUGAUACUUUUCGACUAUUAUAGCGUUCAUUAUGAUCCAACUUAUUGGGAUCAUCCGGAGGAAUUUAGGCCUCAACGUUUUCUCGAUAAGAACGGUCAAUUUCGUCAAAGCAAUGCAAACAUACCGUUCGGAUUAGGUAAUUUUUUAUUUGAAAUAAGAUUAUAUGCCUUCAUUGAUUAUCUUCUAAUAACAUCAUUUUUAGGAAAGAGACGAUGUCUCGGAGAAUUACUUGCUCGUUCAACAUUUUUCUUAUAUUUCGUCUAUUUCAUAUAUUAUUUCAAUUUCGAUAUCUCACCUAUACAUGACAUACCCGAUCCAAGCGAUUGCUACGAUAGUUUCACUUUAUCACCGAAGCCGUACUAUCUCAAGCUCUCGAUGAGAUCCGAUAUAAAGCACUGAAAUGUACGCCACGUGGCACAUGCCACCGACGAUAGAUUUGGACUUCUGCGAAACAGCUUGAUUUCGUCGAACGCGUAAAACGACUUUUACGCGGUUGAAACAACAAACUGUAUUCUAACGAAGAUUUUCUUCCGAGACUCCAAACAAAUGUGGCGUCGUUUAACGUUUCGAGAUUGCCUGAUCUUGCUUGAGUUAUAAAUUUACUUCAAAUAAAUCCAAUAAUUAUUA